GUAGCUACACUAAUAUCACCUGACUGGAGUAAGAUUUUACUUGAAGCUUUUACUGACACAUAUGCUGCCAGGGACUACCCCUCUUUGCUGGAUAUUACCUCGACUCGGCGAGCUUCUGCCUGAUUUCUUUGCAUCAUUGCCCGCAAUCUGCUUCGCUACUGAUUCUGUUAAUACACGUUUACCUAACAGAGUGCUAUCAUGCCGCUGACUUCAAGUUUGGCGUGUAAAAACUACGAUUAUGAUUACGACUCCAUGCAGCCAUUCUUCUACUUUGACAACGAUGACGAGGAUUUCUACCAUCAUCAACACGGGCAGCUGCAGCCAUCGGCUCCCAGUGAGGAUAUCUGGAAGAAAUUCGAGUUGUUACCUACACCACCGCUUUCGCCCAGCCGACGACCUUCGCUCUCUAAGCUGUUCCCAUCAACAGCAGACCAGCUUGAAAUGGUGACUGAGUUUCUUGGCGACGACGUCGUCAACCAGAGUUUCAUUUGCGACGAGGACUAUUCUCAGUCAUUUCUGAAAUCGAUCAUCAUUCAGGAUUGCAUGUGGAGCGGUUUUUCUGCGGCUGCUAAGUUGGAGAAAGUGGUGUCGGAAAGACUCGCUUCACUUCAGGCCGCCAGAAAAGAGUCCUCAGUAAGCAACAUCACGGAUAGCAGCUCGAGUCAGUUAAAUGCCAGCUAUUUGCAAGAUCUCAACACUUCUGCUUCGGAAUGCAUCGAUCCAUCGGUGGUCUUUCCUUAUCCGCUAACCGAGACUCACAAUUCCAGCAAAGUGACAGCGCCACGUACUUUGGCAUUAGACACUCCACCCAACAGCAGUAGCAGCAGCGGCAGUGAUUCAGAGGAUGAUGAAGAGGAAGAAGAAGAAGAAGAGGAGGAGGAGGAGGAGGAGGAAGAUGAGGAGGAGAUCGAUGUGGUCACCGUCGAGAAACGUCAGGCGGUGAAAAGGAGCGAGUCCGAGAUGGCCGAAUCGAGACACCACAGCCCCCUCGUCCUGAAGAGGUGUCACGUCUCCACCCAUCAGCAUAACUACGCUGCCCAUCCCUCCACCAGGCAAGACCAGCCCGCAGUCAAGAGGCUUCGCCUGGAGACGGUCGCCCCGAGCAACAGCAGGCACGGCAGGCAGUUGGGAGGCAACCGAAAGUGCACGAGUCCCCGGACGUCGGACUCCGAGGACAACGACAAACGCAGGACUCACAACGUGUUGGAGCGGCAACGGCGAAACGAACUCAAGCUCAGCUUUUUCGCCCUGCGAGAUAAGAUCCCAGAGGUGGCCAAUAACGAGAAGGCAGCCAAAGUGGUGAUCUUGAAGAAGGCUACGGAGUGCAUUUACAGGAUGCAGGCGGAGGAGCAGGAACUGCUGGCGUUAAAGGAACAACUGAGAAGAAAGAGUGAACAUUUGAAACAUAGGCUUCAGCAACUACGAAAUUCUAACGUAUGAACUACAACGACAACAACAACUCAAAAAAAACACGAGAAUUGAAAAAAAAAAAAAAGAGAAUGAAAAAGAAACGGACUUUUUAAAAAAAAUAAAAAGUUUCUGCUUUUUAAUACAAUGUAAACGACUGUUGUUGUGUAUAGUUGUAAUGUUGCAUGCACAAUGCAAAAAAUUAAGUUUCCUCAACGUCUUUUGGUUCAAUGUUGAAAACUGCCGCCAUCUAAGUUAAA